AGGAAGAACCUCUCAUCUGAGUACUACGACACCACCGACCCCUUCAUUGAUGACUCCGAGCUGGCUCAAGAUGAGCACAAGUUCUUUGUGCAGAUGAAACAGAAGGGCUUCUACGUAUCAAGCGGGCAAGUUGUGCUGCUGAAUAAGACGCCAACCAAGAAGCCAAAGUCCAAGAAGUUGAACAUUCUCGCCCCUGCUGCCUCCGUCACUGCUGCACUGUCUUCUGGGCCUCUACCUCCAUCCCUUGCAGGCCCACUGUUGAUCCCGUCACAGCCAAGCACCUCCAAAGUAUCCUCACCGAAGAAGAAGGAGCACAACACAUGGGAGGAGCCUAUAGCGCUCUUGUCGGAUACGGAAGAGGAGCGCUCCGGCUCGAAGCGUAAGCUGGUCACAGAGAUCAGCUCGUUCACAAAUACGCUGAGCACUCCAUCAGAGGGUAGUUCGAAGAAGAGGUGGAAGACCGUCGAGAUCCAACCGUUCCACCCCGAGCUAGAGGAGAUGUUUGUUGCAAUGAAGGCAGCGAUUGCCAAAGAGAACUGGGAAGUAAAGGGGAAAUUCCCGCCAUCACUUAAACCCAUGCUCGCCCAAAUCUCUCUGAAGGUGGUCAUCCUGGGCGAGUACGACGAUAACUUCUUCAAUAUCAUGCCUCAGCUCUUUCCAUAUAAUAAGUUCACCAUAACGAAACUUAUCAAACAGACAAUAUGGCAACCCAGCAUCCAGUCUGAGGUGCAGGCUGCAUUCAUUGAUGCAGCUGCACUUGGGAACGUCAUUGGGAUGAUCAUAAGUGCUGCCCUUAUGAUGUAUGCAUCAUGA